AUGAUUCCAACAUUCACAUCCACGACUACUUCCUCCUCCGCCUCUUCACGGCCGUCAAACCAACACCAAAGCAUAAAAGCUUUACUCUACAUUGCUGUAAUGUCGGUAUUUGUGCGGGCAGCAAUGAUAGAACCCAUGCCAGGAAUGACACACUCGAGCGGCGCCUAUGACUGCGAUUAUGGGAGUCUUUCGCUUGAGAGCGAGUCUAUUCUCUCCCAAGUGAGCUUUGGUUACGAUAGCAACGAUUACGAUACGCAGAUGGUUAGAAGAGAAGAAGGUGGUGUCAUCGGUACAGUGCUAGCCGGAGCCAAAGCGCUGUUGAAUGGAUUUGCAUAA